AUGCAUCCCUUGAUAGGGCACAAGAAGCCACAUACUGCAAGGAUUAAUCUUAUAUAUGUAACCGAAACUAUUUUGGCUUAUUUAAAACUAGUUAUGAUUAGUGAUAGGCAAUUUGCAUGUUUGGACCACUUAAUAUUACUAAAAGAUGAUGGACAAAAAUUAUACAGAUGCGUAGCAGCAGUUAAAGCCAGUGUAGAAGUUAUAAAUAUGCAAUCUAACUUGACAAGCAAUAUUAAUGUGUUAGAUAAACAAAUGAAUUGCUAUAUUGAAAAUACUAGCCUCAAUGUUACUGACAUGGAUCCUUGGUGGGGUUGA